AUGGAGGAACAAAAGAACAGGCCUCACAGGGCCCCCAAAGAGAAGAAGAAGCAGCAGACCGGAGAACGUAAUCCAAAAGCAUUCAGUUUCGCAAAUCCAGGGAGAUUGGCAAAAACUGCUGCACGAUCGCACGAUAUCAAAGAAAGACGUCUUCAUGUUCCUCAAAUCGAUCGAAUCCCAGAAGAACCUCCGCCACGUCUUGUUACAAUCGUUGGACCUCCAGGUGUUGGAAAGACGACUCUCCUUAAAUCUUUGGUCAAACGAUAUUCGAAAGAGACACUAUCAGAUCCCCAAGGACCGAUUACGGUUGUCACUUCGAAGCGUCAAAGACUCACAUUUGUAGAAUGUCCGAACGAGCUCGAAGCUAUGGUGGAUAUGUCAAAGGUGGCAGAUAUUGUAUUGUUGAUGAUUGAUGGAAACUUUGGGUUUGAGAUGGAGACUAUGGAGUUUUUGAACAUUUUAUCUUCAAGUGGUAUGCCGGGUAAUGUUUUUGGAAUUCUCACACAUCUAGAUCUCUUCAAGAAGCCACAACUUCUGAAGGAUGCAAAGAAACGACUCAAGAAUCGAUUUUGGAGCGAAUUAUACCAGGGUGCGCAUCUAUUCUACCUAUCUGGAGUUAUCAAUGGACGAUAUCCGGAUCGAGAAAUCCAUAACAUGUCGAGAUUUAUUUCCGUCAUGAAAAAUCCUCGACCUUUGAUUUGGCGCAAUACACAUCCUUACACCAUUAUCGAUAGUUUCAGAGACAUAACUCAUCCUACCAAGAUUGAGGAAGACGAGAAGUGCGAUCGAACCAUUGUAUUAUCAGGGUAUUUGCGAGGAACCAAUUUCGCAGCGCAAGGCCAAAGGGUUCAUAUACCAGGGCUAGGAGAUUAUUCAGUAUCUGCCAUGGAAGCAUUGCCUGAUCCUUGCCCUACGCCAUUUAUGGACCAAGCCGUAGCCAAAGCAUCUGGGAAAACUGGCAGGCGACGUUUGGACGAGAAGGAAAAGAAACUCCAUGCGCCAAUGUCUGAUAAAAGUGGACUAAAAAUCGACGGAGAUACCGUCUGGAUCACUCGUGAUAAGGGAUUUACUUUCGACGCGGACGCAGAGGAUGAAGAACGCGGGGAGGGAGAAGAAAUGAUCGUUGGUUUACAAGGAGAGAGAAGGCUUUUGGGUGAAACGGAAGAGGGUGUGAGGUUAUUCAGCAAUGGCGAGACUAUCAAAUCACUUCCCCAGGAAGAGGACUCGGGGCGCAAGCAUCAAAGAUCCGCAAGAUUUGUCGACCGUGAUCAAGGUGAGGAUAAUGAGGAUAUCGAAGAUGACGGAGUCGCCAGUGACGAAGAAAUCGAUUCUGGUGAUGAAGCAGAGAUUACUGAAGAAAAGCUGGGAAAAGCAUUCAAAAAAGACAAAGACGAUGCUGGCGGUGAUAUUGAAUUUGCUGACAGUGAUUCGGAUCUUGGUUCCGUAUCUGGCGAUGACGAAGACGAUUCGGAUUCAGGUGAUGAGGAUGGAGGAGCUCGUUGGAAACAGAAUAUGAUGGAAACUGCGCGAAAGCUUCACAGACAAACUAAAUCUUACCGCACUAUAGACCUGGCGAAACUCAUGUACAAUGAGUCUCUUACCCCUACAGAAGUUCUUCGAAGAUGGCGAGGGGAGAUUGAAGAGGAAGAAGAGGACAUUGAAGAGUCUGAUGAUGAAGCUGAAUUCUUCAAAAAGACCGGUAAAGAGGAUGAUGAUGCAAUCAUGGAAGAUCGAGCAAUUCCGUUUCUUGAUUAUGAAGAAUUGGAGUCGAAAUGGUCUGUGGAGGAGAAUAUCGAAGAACUUCGAAACCGUUUUGCUACAGCUGAAUUAUUGAAAGGGAAGGGUAAGGGCAAUGGCAGCGGUAGUGAUGAUGAUGAUGAUGAAGAAGAUAAGGAGGACGAAGAUGAUGAGGGUGAUGGAGAGUUUCGAGAUCUGGAAACUGGGGAGGAACACAAAGCAGACGAGCCUGAAGACAUCGACGCCGAACGUGAGAAGAAUGCUAGAAGAAAAGAAGAACUCAAAUUGCGAUUCGAGGAAGAAGACCGAGAUGGGUUCAACAACGACAAAGCAAAUGCAAGGCGAGAAGCUGGUGGAGAUGACGAAUUUGGUGAAGAUGAAUGGUACGAUGCACAGAAAGCACAAAUUCAGAAACAACUCGAUAUCAACAAGGACGAGUUUGAGAAUCUCGAUGAAAGUCAAAGGAUUAAUGUCGAGGGUUACCGCGCUGGAAUGUAUGCCAAAAUCGUUAUUGAGGGAGUGGCAUCUGAAUUUGUGACUGGAUUUGAUCCACGAAUGCCAAUCAUCGUUGGAGGUUUGACACCAACCGAAGAUCGAUUUGGGUUUGUACAGGUCAAGAUCAAGAGACACAGAUGGCAUAAGAAGAUUCUGAAAACCAAUGAUCCUCUCGUCAUAUCUCUAGGAUGGAGAAGAUUCCAAACUCUCCCAAUCUACAGUACUUCGGACAAUCGAACAAGAAAUCGUAUGCUCAAGUACACUCCAGAACAUAUGCAUUGUUUCGGUACAUUUUAUGGCCCGUUCAUCGCACCCAACACUGGAUUCUCCUGCUACAGGUCGUUUUCCAGCAAGAACCCUGGUUUCCGAAUUGCAGCUACUGGAACUGUCAUGACAGUUGAUGAAUCUUCCGAGACCGUCAAGAAACUCAAGCUUACUGGUACCCCAUCCAAAAUCUACAAGAAUACUGCUUUCAUUAGAGACAUGUUCAAUACCUCUUUGGAAAUCGCCAAAUUUGAGGGAGCCUCCAUCAAGACUGUCUCGGGUAUUAGAGGUCAGAUCAAACGUGCUUUGGCCAAACCUGAAGGUCAUUUCCGUGCUACUUUCGAGGAUAAGAUCCUCAUGAGUGAUAUCGUAUUCUUACGAGCUUGGUACCCGAUCAAACCUCAUAGGUUUUAUAACCCUGUGACGAAUCUCAUCGGAUGGGAAGGCAUGCGAUUGACUGGUGAAGUCCGUCGUGAUCAAAACCUAGCCACACCAGACCUGAAAAACAGUCAUUACAAACCUGUCGAAAGAGUUGCUCGUCACUUCAAUCCUCUACGAGUACCACGUGCUUUGGCCGCCGAACUCCCAUAUAAGAGUCAAAUUACACAAAUGAAGAAACAAGGCAAGCCGACAUACAUGCAGAAGAGAGCUGUGGUCGUUGGAGGAGAAGAAAAGAAAGCCCGAGAUUUGAUGCAGAAAUUAAUGACGCUGAGAAAUGAAAAGGUGGCGAAGAGAAAUGUCGCAAAUGAGAAGAGGAGAGAGGUAUACAGGAAGAAGGUUGCGGAAAAUGAGGAGAAGAGGGGCGAGAGGGAGAAGAAAGAAAAGCAGGAUUAUUGGAGGAAGGAGGGAAAGAAGAGGAGAGCUGAUACGGAUGGUGGCGGUGGUGCUCCAAAGAGAAGAAGAUAA